AUGAACACAUACGCAAAAGAUGCCACUUACAACCCCACAACUCAUCCACAGCCUGAGGGUACCACGAGUCGCUUCUCUCCCGAAAGCUCGAAAGCGAGUACUUGGCAUAUGGUCCACCUCCUCGAAACUUCUAAGCGUUUCGGAUUCACCACAUUCAAGAGCGGUGGGAGGUUCGACCACCCACUCUCCCCUACAGGCUUGAAAUCAAAUCCAAACGUCUUCCCCGAGUUCACCGACACACGUCCAGAUUAUCCCGGAUACUUCCAUCCUCCGAUGGAGUACACACCUGGUCAGAUGUCGUGGCAGUAUCAUGACACUUGGCAGGCAGCGCUGGCUACUGCUAUGCUAGCAAAAGGGGUAAAGUUCAAGGGUGAAGAGGUGCCCAUAUCUGUGCGAGAUAUUCAAAUCUUCUCCGAGAAGGUGGUAGAAAAAGAUGUCUACAAGGCUGAGACAUCCCACAUUCUUCACCACCCUGCCGACCGGGACACUGCCAUUUUCAAGGAUGAACCUUCUGCUUCUACCAUAGCUAGAUGGGCAGCAGCCACACCGUUCAGUUUGGUCAUCGUCUGCCCAGUCAUUCAAGCUGAUGGUGUUGGCUGGAACCGCAUCUGGGAUACCCACAAUCGGCCCCCAAUUCGCUCAAGGUGGUCAGUCAAAUCUACGCACGAAGCACAUGAUGUCUUCCAAAAGAGAGCUUUUGCUAACAAUAGAAAUUGGCUUAACAAAGACGUCCACUGGUUCACGAUGGACCCAAUCCCAAAGACUAAGUUCUACGACUUCUGGAAUGCAUCUAUGAACUUCUCCAACGAGCUUCCACAGAUCAUUUCUAAAGUGGGCCUGCAGGGCAUGCCUCAAGGUCCCUGGAUUUGGCAGUUCGGUCUGCAUGUGAAAUCGAUCGGUUCACCAUGGAAGCCGAAACCCUUCACGUUCGACCCGAAGAAGUUGAACGACUACAAAGGCCUUUCAAUCACCUAUCGCCUUCUUACUGCAUGGAUCACGAACUGGAAGUUCACCGGCGGCAUCAGGCUGUAUGCACAGAUUUGGGACGAUGCCAUCGCAGCUCUCGUUAACUACAAUCACAACAAGACUGACGAGAAGUGGGAGAAAUUCAGGGAGAAGAUGCACAAGGCCAAAACACCCUUCUGGUGA